CCGCUCACAUCGUGUGGGGCACAAAGUUGCUCGGGCGUCAGGUGUUUACACGAUCGCGUGCAGUACUUUUAUUUCGUGUUGCUGCUCCAUCGGAAUACCUUCGACGAUGGACACCGCCAGGCUGGUGGGUGUCAAAGCAGCCAUGCGGAGGAGAAGACAUUGACGUCUGGCGGUUGCUAGGAGGAGGAGGGGGAGGAGGGGCUAGCCAUGGCCAUGCGGGGCGCAAGGGGCACCCCCACGGGGUUGCCCCAGGCCAUGAGCCCCGAGAGUGCUUUGGCCUCGGACAUCUUCGACCAGUUCGUGUCCGCCGGCACCUUCAAGGCGGCCCUAUCCACCUACCGGCAGAUGUGCGACGUGCUUCAGCUGAGCCCGUCGCCACUGCCGGUGUUCUACCCACGGCUCAAGGUGAAGCUACGCUCGUGGCGAGCUGCCUCGCUCUGGGCCAAGUUGGACAAGCGCGCGGCCCACAAGUGUUACAACCGAGGAAAAGCCUGUGCGGGAAUGCGGGUUCUAAUCAUCGGAGGUGGUCCGUGUGGCCUCCGCACGGCCAUCGAGGCACAGCUGUUGGGGGCCAAGGUGGUCGUACUGGAGAAGCGGGACCGCUACUCGCGCAACAACGUCCUCCACCUGUGGCCCUUCGUCAUCCACGACCUUCGCAGCCUCGGGGCCAAGAAGUUCUUUGGAAAGUUCUGCGCCGGCUCCAUAGACCACAUCAGCAUCAGGCAGCUCCAGCUGAUUCUCCUCAAGAUUGCCCUUCUCCUAGGGGUCGAAGUUCACGAGAAUGUAACCUUCAAGGACCUUCUCGAGCCACCCGAAGACCAAAGUAUGGAAAAAAUUGGGUGGCGUGCUCAAGUAAUGCCGGCCGAUCAUCCAGCAUCACAGUACGAGUUUGACGUGCUGAUCGGGGCUGAUGGGAAACGAAACACGCUCAAGGGGUUCAACCGGAGGGAGUUCCGGGGCAAGCUUGCCAUCGCCAUCACCGCCAACUUCAUGAACCGGCACACUCUGGAAGAAGCACGUGUACAGGAAAUCUCAGGGGUGGCCUUCAUCUUCAACCAGAGGUUCUUUCAGGAUAUGAAAGAGACCACAGGUAUUGACCUGGAGAACAUUGUGUACUAUAAGGACGACACGCACUACUUUGUGAUGACUGCCAAGAAGCAGAGCCUGCUGGAACGGGGAGUCAUCAUCAACGACUACAGCGACACUGCACGGCUACUGUCACCCGACAACGUGGACCGAAGUGCCCUGAAAGAGUACGCGAGGGACGCUGCUGACUUUGCCACGGGCUAUGCACUGCCAUGCCUAGAAUUUGCCGUCAACCACUACGGUCAGCCGGACGUGGCCAUGUUUGACUUCACCUCCAUGUACGCAGCAGACAAUGCCAGUCGUCUUCUCGAACGGCACGGCCACUGGCUUCUUCAGGGGCUUGUCGGCGACAGUCUUCUGGAGCCUUUCUGGCCCACGGGAUCGGGUUGUGCUCGGGGUUUCCUGAGCUCCCUGGACGCAGCCUGGAUGAUUCGCUCAUGGGCGGCCAACAGGGAUUCUCCACUGCAUGUUCUUGCCGAGCGAGAGUCAAUCUACCGACUGCUGGCUCAAACAACACCCGAGAACCUGAGCAAGGACAUGGCCGAGUACAGCCUCAACCCAAGCUCGCGGUACCCUAACCUGAACCUGCAGACGGUGCUGCCGUCGCAGGUGCGCCCCCUGUGCCGCACUGAUAUAGAAAUCAAGCUGCCGCCCCCAGGUCCGCGGCUACUCAGCGACAUGCAGCGCAAGCGGCGGCGCAGAGAAUCCAUCAUCCAUCCAGACGCGCUUCUUUCGUGGUGUCAGAGGCAAGUGGCGCUGUACAGUAAGAUAAAGAUCGAGAACAUGACUUCCUCGUGGAAGGACGGCCUGGCACUGUGUGCCAUCCUGCACCGAUAUCGGCCGGACCUCAUCGACUUGGACGACAUGUCGACUGCUGACGUGGCUGCAAACAACCAACAGGCCUUCGACAUCCUGGAGCGCGAGUACGGCAUCCCGCCGGUCAUGACCGGCCAGGAGAUGGCCGACUGUGCCGUGCCCGACAAGCUGACCAUGGUGUCGUACAUCUCCCAGAUCUACGAGACCUUCCGACGCGAGAUCCCCCAGGGUCGCCCCGCUUACAAGGUCAGCAAACUCAUCGAGGAGAACCAGCCACCACCAACCUCGCCACUAAACCUACUUGCCAAGCUCACUUCCUCCCAGAGACCAGCGAGCAAGCGAAAGUCGUCGAACGACCACGAACCAGUCAAAGACCGCAGUGAGGGCCAGCGCAGAAGCAGGGUCUCCAUCACCAGAAGUCGGCGGACCCGGGACCGAGUUGCGGACAUCGUGGCCGGCGGCGAUGCAGCUACGUUAGAACAGUACCACAAGAUUCUGUCAGCCAUGGACAAGGAAUCCUUUGGCAAACGAAUGCAUGCUCUCCAAGAACAACUCGGCAAGGACUACAGGCCGUCGUCUCGAGGGAGCCGAGGCCGUCGGAGCGGGCAUGUUUCGUCCGCGACGGAGGACGAGAGCAGCUCAGUCACGGGGAAGAUACCGCGGACAGCGGUGGAGCAGCUCCAGGAGCAGCUCAACUCCAUCGGCAAGCCCGUCCCUGUCAAAAAGCGGGAGCCCAAGGUCGGCCGCAUCGGCAAGGACGAGUGGAACGUCAAGAUGCUGGAGGAACGACUCAGGCAGCAGCAGAAGCGACAGAAGGAGCCGAAAGUCGAGCCUGAGAAGCCACAGAUCCUGCGGGACAUCUUCGAGAGCAAGCGCAAUGUCAUGGACGCGCGGCUCAAGGCGGACGGAAAGGAGACGGAAACCGACCGUGCCCGCUUCACACACAUUGACGAGAGGUUGCAGCAGUUGGACCGGCAGUUGAAGGAAGGAUCGCUCGACGUCGGAAAGCGAGGAGCUAACAGGGUGGCUGCCAUGGCGGACUACAUUGCCAAUGUCCUCGACGCUCAGACGGGCCUUAGGGAGAAAAGGCCUCCUCCGCCACCACCAGUAGUUUUAUAUCGAAGUGACUCAGCAGACGGUGCGAAAACACCCCCACUCAAGAAGCCACCAAUUACGCAACCAGCCGUGCCAACAGCCAAGUCCGCACCGACUUCUAAACAGCCAGCCCCCACACCUACGACUACUAAGUUGACAGAUAGUGGUGAUGAUGGUGUUGGUGGUGUUGGUGGCGUUGGUGUUGUUGGUGGUGGUGUUGGUGGUUCUGUGAGUGAGAUUUGUUGCUUCUGCCACAAGCGUGUGUACCUCAUGGAGAGGUUGAGCGCUGAGGGGCUGUUCUUCCACCGGAACUGCUUUCGGUGCGAGUUCUGUCAGUGCAGCCUUCGGCUGGGUAACUAUGCCUACGACAGCACCAUUGCUUUCAAGGGCAAGUUCUACUGUACGGCGCAUUUCCGCAUGGAGAGGCCAAGCCAGCGAUGGCAGGAGAUGAUGAAGCGCAAGCAGGCCUUCCUGUCAGCCAAUCCCGAGCCACCAUCACUUAUGCCCGCCAAGCCAGCCAGCACGGAGGACACCAACAGCACGCUGCACCGGAGGCGUAGCCCAUCCCCUCCCCACGGUGGAGCCGGAGAGGGCAUGGAGGACCCCACAAAGAUGGAGGAAGUCCGGUCACCUCCGGCAGGAACUGAUGCUGGAGUCGUAACAUUUCAGCCCAAGACUUACAAGACCCCACGCCAGCUAUCGGCCGAAGAGAUGGCCACGCUGGUAGACGUGGACAGCACGCCCGAACGGGUGGAGUUUGAGAACACGCUGGAGCUGCUCUCCGAGGACGAGCUGCUCACAAGCGAGCUCGAGGAGGAGGAGCUUGCCCAGAAGAACCUCGGUGCUGUCGAAGUGCCUACCAGCGACGACGAGUACUCGGACUACAGCUCCGACGAGGGCUCCGAAUCGGAGAGCCUAGUGGAGGAGAUCGAGCACUCGUUGAAUCUGGACGACACGCGGCACAUGGCCGAGACCUGGCAGCGCAAGCACGCCUCUUCCCUGGACGUGGCCACCGGUGUUCAAGACGAGGUUGGCAACGGCGUCGCGUUGCCCCGGAGCCCCACAAGGUCACCCGGAGCAGACGACGAGGAAGAGAGCGACGAGGACGAUGAGGAGACGAGCACAGAAGGGGAAGAAGACUACGACGAAGGCGAAGAGGAAGAAGAGGAUGAAGAAGAUGAGACGGAAACUGAAACUGGCGAUGAAGAUGCAACGAGUCACGAUGUGGACAGCGACGAGGAGUACAGUCCUCCUGAAGUGCUCUCUGAUGAUGAACAUGGAAGGGCAGCGUCAGCCCAGGUCUGCGAGAACGGGAAAGACGAUGUGGUCUCAGUACCGGUUCCCAUUCUCAACAAGGACAAAGGAGCAGGCGAACAAAAGAGCUCCACUGGAUCAGAUGAUGAGUACAUUUCGGAUGAAGAAGGCAUUACGAUGAGUUCCUCUGAUGUGUCAUCCGAGUCGGAGGAAGAACCACCGCCCCCAAAGCAUGAGAUUCCUGUGAUCAUCAUUGACACUCCACCAGGUGAUCAAGACACUGAACUCGACUGGGGUCCCAAAGAAGUGCGAGCUGCCUUGGGUCAAGUAGAUGAUGAUGCCUCAGAACCUGAAGCAGAUGGAAUCGUCGACGAAGCUGCGCAUUUAGGUGCAGGCAGUGUGCCUGAGGGCAUGCUCGGCGAAGAGCAGACGACACCCGUCAGUCCCCGGUCGAGUGAAAACCAGACGUCCAGUGAUCAACUCUCUAUACAGAAAUCUGGCAAGUUGUCGAGGUCAGCCGAAAGCUUGGCAAAUGCGAGUGUUUCCUCGGGUUUGUCCUCUUCGUCCAACGUGGACAAGUUCUCGGAGCCCGUUCAUGCUGCUGGAGAGGCAGUUCCUGCCAUCGUGGAAAACCUGGAGUCGCCGUCUCUUACGGAUGUUUCUGAUGUAAGUGGUGCGACGGGCACAGCUCCGUCUAGUACCACGACAUCUUCAAAAGCAGACCGCUCACCUGAGGAAGGCAAGUUAGGCUACAACCUUCUCCUAGAUCGCGCUGGCUCAAGCGGAAGCUCACCGUUGCCAACUCCUGAAAGAGAGGUGGGGGCAGCAUUUGAAUCGGAUGGUGACGUCUCUUCCGAGUCGUCUGCAAUCAGAUUUGGGAAAUUGACUGGUCGUGAAAGUGAAGCCAGCUCCUCAGUUGCCUCGUCAUCUCAUUACUCAGUGUCCAGCACAGGGGAUGGAAAGUCGUCGGGUGCAGACGAUUCCAGUUCUGAGGAGCAUGGACCUCUUGUUCUGAAGGAACACUCACCAGAUGUCGCGACACCGCUCGAAGGAAUGAAAGAAUGUGUGUCCUUAGGCAACAAGGACAUUUCAAGGACUGCUUCUGGAGAACCAGAGUUGUCAGAAGGGGCUCUUCUCCAAGUCUCUACAACUGCCCUGUCUGACCGCCCAGACUCGUCAGAGACGUCGACUACAGACACCUGUGAAGAAGCAACAGUUGUCCACCGCCAGCCACUCCAGGCAGACGAUGGAGAUGUGUCCCCAACGGGAUCUUUACUGGAUCACGUGGCUGCUGGCAUCCAUGUCGCUCAACUCUUGGAAGGCAAGGGAGAACGUGCCGUUGACGCUAUGGAGUUGGUACACCCCAUUGCCAGUUUUAAUGAAGAAAGCUUAGGUGUCCUUCAGUUUGUGCCAACAAAACCGGGAAGUCCGACUGGAACGGAUUACGUGCCGACAGUUGAGCAAGAAGCAAGUAAUGUAAGUAAAGGAGGUAUUCAAAAAAUAGCUGACAGAACAAAGCUCGCCCUUGACCUGAACAAAGAUGAACCAGCAGCGCCAAAGGGAGAAACGCCAGACAUUCUUUCGCCACGAAGUGACGUCACUGACGAGGACACAACAUGCUCGGCAUCUAUCAGUGACCAGGAGGUGUUUCCCACCGACGCCGACAAGCUUGUUACUCUUGAGGACCCUGCAGUGCCGUCUCCUGUCCCACAGCCUGUUCCUAGAGAGUUAAUGCACGCCCCAAUUGCAAGCAUGAGUGAUGAAGAUGAUCUCACAGCAUCUGAUCUCAGCAGGAGAGGUUUGCAGCAUGGCAAAUCGGAGCCUUCGGUGUCAAAGAAGACGCUUUUGGAAACUAUGAAAGAGGUUCAGGAGGCAAUUGGUGCCGCAGCUGCUGCAACUCCCAUGGGCCAACAGAGUGAUGGGGAUGACUUCACAGUAUCUGAGUGGGCUCGGGAAGGUGGUGACAAAGAGUCGCUCUCUUUUGUUGAAGACCUCAAGGCGGAGUUCAGUUUCGACGACAAGAAUGUCACGCGCAGGCGCAGGAGAAAGAGGGUGUCAUCUGGCAACAAAGAAGACACGGAGGAAGCCAUAGAGGCUGUGAACAUCGAUCACCUUAAACCCAGCCAGGAAGCACUGGAUGAACGCCUCGGAGGUCACUUGGAGCCUCCUCAACCCAGUAACACUGCCUUAACGAUCAUCACUAGUGGCCACGAUGUUAAGACUAGUCUACAAGUUGACUCAACAGUAGCAGAAGUACCUGGACAUCACAAAGGCCACUCUCCCCUCCGAGAACCACCAAGAUAUCAGGGUUAUGGUGGCUCGUUUGUGGAAAAAGUUCGUAGCCGCUCAAGCGAAGGCACUGGCGCUGGCAGCGGUGAGCCUCAGGUACCGUCGGGCGAUGUCAUCUACCUCAGGUCUCUCAACAUCAACUUGCAAAGACUGGACUUCCCCUCGAUCCGUUCCUCAUCACCCAGCAGCCGUGGCUCCUGUGAAGAGCUGGACUCUGACUGUGGACUUACCGCAGCUGGAGGAACGGGACCGGUGGUCCAGAGUACUCAGCCUCCUGUGGCACGCUCGGCGCCCGUCAAGAUCGAGAGACCUGUAAAGAGUGCCGACCCACGGAUCCGCGUUAGGCCUAACCAAUUUCCAGAGAGCUUUCCCAUGUCGUCGACACCACUGCGUCCUUGUGCUGAUCCAGUGACAGCCAUGCUGAUGAGCCGGAGAGAACAGCUGGCCCGCAAGAGUGUGCAUGAAGACAUACAGAAUUUGCCUUACUUUGACAGUCUUAGUCUGGCCGGUGACUUUGAUGAGUUCAAGACACCACCCGAGGCCAACACGCCAACCGAGACUUUCGGUACACCUCCCACCUCGCGUCCCUGUUACCUUUCAGCACUGCAUGCUGCCACCGAUCCCGAAAGGGAACGAGCGAGGCGCGAAGCCCGUGAACGUGCUAGGCUAAAAAGUGAUGAGGAGCUAGGUCUGAGCCCGUGCAGCUACCGGAAGAAAUAUGCACGCACACCAGCCUUUGACGAGAUUACACUUACCGACCUCCUGGACCAAGAAGACGAGACUUUUAAUGCGCUAGACGACAGGUCCUCGCUGCGAAGUUUCAGCACAGCUCAGCACAGACUGGCUCAGUUCGAAGAUGAUGACGAGUUUGGAGGAGGCCUGGACGACAAUGGCAACGACUCCGCCACACCAGUUGCGUCGCCAGCAAGGUCCACGGACGACCUCGACGGGAUCGACGACAUUGUUGUAGGCGGUAUAACACUCAUGGACCCAUACCAAAUCCGGGCAGAUGUCUGGAAGCCCAAGCCACCGAAGCCCAAGCGACGCCUCUUUGCCAGAAACGAGGACGACGACCGCAAGACUACACCAUCUCCAGCUGCAUCGACAACUAGGAGAAACCUUCUGUCCUUCUUGGGCUUUAACCGGAGCAGCAGUGGAGGCGACAGCUCAGCUGCAACGACCAAGGAGAAGAAGGAGAGCUACAACCGUGAGAAGGCGGCCAAGGAUGUUGCCGAGAACGAGAGGACUAAGAGCUUUUCGAGGCUGCGGUUGUCCAAGACGCCACGGCAGGAGAAGUCCUCGUCACCGAAGAAGGUGCCAGCGGCUAAAUCAGACAGUGCACCCUGCUCGACGGAAAGAGUCAACGCGUCUCCCGAGCUUGUGGCACCCAAAGCUGCCGCCGUUGUCUCAUCGGUCUCUAGGCAGCACUCGCAUCAACCUCGUCCUGUCGUGCGGGAGGAGAUGAAGAAGCACAUCAGCCUGGACAACCUCAAGUCGCAGCCAAUGCAGCUGCCGGCCAAGAGCAGGAGUAUCGAGUUUGGCAUCAUGACUGCACCAAGAGCAACUGGCGAAGAAGACGGUUUUGCAGACUCUGAUGACCGAGACCUUGAUGGAAGUGCCGAGACUGGUGGGCCCGGUGACAAGAAAGCCAAGGCAAUCGAUCCCCGCAAGCUUGAGCGCCUGACUCUGCGGGUUCAGCGUCAGCAGGAGCGGAAGCGACAGCGGACAGCCCAGGAGCUUCAGCGGCGACUCGAGGAGAUCGAAGUGAGCCUGCGCUCUCUGGAGCAUCGGGGAGUCCUCGUAGAGCGGGCGCUACGUGGCGAGGAGGACGAGGAUGAAGAUCUUCAAGCAGAAGAGAAGGACCUGACACAAGUGUUGUUUCGGUUAAUGCGGCAGAAAAACAAGUUAUCCAGGGAGGAGCAAGAACUGCUAAUAAGGGUCAAGGACCUGGAACUAGAGGACCAACAGUCAAAACUGCAGCAGGAGAUGCGUGAACGAAUGGCGAUUGAUGAUGCAGAGAAGUCUCCACGAGACAUUGAGAAGGAGCGAGAAAUCCUCAACGAGAUGCUGGAAAUUGUGGAGAAGCGAGAUCGGCUAGUGGCCCAGAUGGAUCAGCUUAGGAUACGGGAAGAAACGGAGGAGAAGGAGCUCGCCGCCCGCAUCCUCACCCAAGGUGCCACUUGAGAGUGAUUUCUCCUAGGUACACCCAGUCAAUGACGCCAACCUGCCGCCCGAAGAGCAAGCCACACUUUGUCGAGUCAUCUCGGGCUUGCCACUGUUCAGCCUGGCCUACUUGCAUCUUGCCAUUAUUGCUCACUUCUUGCCGCUAGUGAACCCGCCUAGGCUACUCACCCAAAGAAGGGCACAAUGCCUGCGCUUCGCUGACAGGCCAGCCAAUGUGAUGCCAAUGUGUUGCCAGUGCCGUGGAAAAUGGCCACACUGCUUGCACUUUGUCAAUGGGCCAGCCGGUGUGAUGCCAGCGAGUCCCAGGGUUUCUUUAAGAGGAAACUUUGCCUUGAACAAAACUUUUUCUUCUGCGAGUUAUAAAUAGGAAAUAGAGAAAUGGCUUUUUGUAGGCAAGCUCUGUGCACAUUAGUGUUCAAGAAAAGUUGAAUUCAGGUGACUGGUAGAGGCACAGCCGAAGUUUAUGCCCCUAAUUUUUUAGAAAGGUGAAGUUGCUAAUUAUUUCUACAAUAUUUAGCGACUUGUCUAUUAAGUGUCCCAAGUGUCUUCUAAGGGCCUAAAUUGUAGUUGAUUACAGCUCCCUCUGGCAGUAACAAGAACGAGUAUCGAAAUUCUGUGAGGUACAGCUGAAGCGCUCCAGUAAAACAGAGAUGGCAAGCUAGAUUACGACUCACGUUAGGUGACAAAUCACCGUGUUGGUUAAGGAGCUCUGCUGAAGUGUUGUUCAUUUAAACAAUGGAAGACAUAUCUGACCAAAUGGGAUACAAGUCAUUGAUCUUGCCUGCUUGAAAUACGCUUUCAACUGCAGUGCGUAGGAUUUUGUCGUCUGGUUUCAUUCUGAGGCUAUUAAGAAAAUACUAUUCUUUGGAUUUUGUUUUUAAUAUUGCAGCUUUUUGGCAGUUCUUUUAGAAGAUUAAGGGCUUAGAUCAAUGUCUUGCAUCAGUCAGUUACUAAAAUUUACCUCUUUUGUGAAUUAAGUUACCUUUUAUCAUAAUCAGUCCAACAGUUGUUGAGGAAGGCCAUUUCUCUUUUUAUAUGUAGGUAGGAGAAAGUGCACAAGGCAAAGUUUUCUCUUAAGAAGCACUGACUAUUGAGGAGCUGGUUUCUGAUGUGCUUUGUCGUGACAAUGGAGUGUUUUCGUCAGGCUCCUUGAACGUUGCUGACGUGCUGGUCUCAUUCUGGUGGUGCUGCUGGCAUGCUAAUAUGCUAAAACAGAUUUAGCAGUGAAUACCACAAUUGUGAUUAUUCUGUGUUACAAUUAGUGCAUUUCUUUUUUCUUUUCUUCUUCCCUUCGUAUUUAACAAAUGGCUGUAUAGCUUAUGCGAGCGAUCAAAAACUGAUGUAGUGCUUGGCAGUAUCACCUGUCAGCUUUUGUGCGUGCGUCAGCAUUCUUGACGCCUCAGUCACUGCAUGAGAGCUACAAGAUACUCAAAUGCUGGCACACGUCGGCAACCAGUUGGCGUGCCAUAUCUGCACGUGACAGGUUCUGUUAAUUGAGAUUACUUCCGGAUGACGUGUAUUGACGUGUGCAAGUGCAUGAGCCAAGGAAUAUUGAAGUAAUGCCAGCAGCUUAGACACUGUCGCAUCCGUCAUGAGCAGCUGCAGACUGUAUUAUGUCGUGAUGGAGUCUGCCUUGUGCACUAUACAUUUUCACUUAUUUAAAAGGAAGAAAAAUGGGUCACCGCUACUGUUAGCGAGUUUAUUGUCUAGCCACUGGAGUGGCAAUAAAUAUGCUGGUACCUGACAAAAUCAAGCAUCAUCACUUAAAAUUAGAACAAGAAGUCAUUUCUGAGAAGUGCUUGAUCAGGUUUUGCAACACCUCUUAGUAUUCCGCAUGCAGAAGAGGUUUCAAUGGACCUUGAUGCACUCACCUAAGGACACAAGAACAGAAAUGUGCCCUAGUUCUGAGAAAAAUUUUUGUUUUGAAAAGAAGGAGAAUUCAGCCAGAAAUUCAUGUGCCUGAGCAGCUGUUUUACUGUUUAUGAAGGUAGGAAAAGUGUGACAGGAAUGACAACAACGAAGUCUUGUGCAACUAGCUAUAAUGGUUCUGCAAUCUAUGGUUUGCAACAUUCAGCAGGUAGCGGCACCACUUCUGUGAAGCCCGGUUGCACAACUAUUUCAAUUAUUUGCCACUGAUCUAGUAUGAUGAUGUCUUGCUGAGCAGAUUUUAUCGUUAUCAAGCAAGGCAGCAGCGCUCAGACUUGUGAUGACAUGCAUUUGUAGACGUAUGAACUUUCGCGGUCUGAUUGGGCAGACCUUUCUUGGUCCAUUGACAGAGCGUUCGGAUUGAGCAUUUUAAUUGUUGCGUUAAUUGGUGUGUACUGCACGACUACUGUCUGUGUUUCCUGCCUGCAAGCUGUGCCAUGUUUUAUGACAGCAAAUGAAUUUUUUUAGUGGAAGCUUUGUAGCUGCAUAUCAACAUUACAAACUGGGACGGAGGACACGGGCCAGCCAAAAGCUGGUGUCUGAUAGUGAAACAAUAGGUCAACACGUCUGUGGUAACCAAUGGCAUCCAGUCAUAGUUUAUGGUUCGAUUAGUUAGAUAAUUUUUUGCUCUCAGCAAUGUCAAUACCUUGGCAAGGCAACUGCAUUGCACAUUGGGGAAACAAUCUUCGAGCCAAUCGAGCCCUUCUGUGGAUGCAGGAGAGAACACGUGAAGUGUGCUGAGCUCCAUUUGUGCGCUUCUUUUUGAUUGUGUCCUUCGGAGGUUGCACUGUGAUUAUCUUUACAAUUUUGCAAUUUGAUACGCAGCACUGCAUUCCAAACGGAAGCAUAACGUACAAAUUACAGGAUAACCGCGUAAGCUAAACACAUUGUAGAGUGCAUGACAAGUACCGAGGCAAAUUAGAACCUUUAAAUAGAAGGCACAGCAGCACCUUUACUCGGUAUGCAAGCGAAUGAAAAUAGUUCAAGAGGGUAGAAAUGCCAAGCCAUGCGACAAACUCGUAGCUCAUUUACACUGUCGGGUGUACAAGGUCACACAAGGUCAGGGAAGAACAGUUGGAGGCUUUGAAAAGUUCAUAUUAAGGCAUGCAUUCCAAAUUGUGAGCGCCACAAUGUGUGUUGGCUUCCUAGAUUGCUCAAAAUGCAUAAACGUAUCAUACGUGCCACUCACUGUGGCGACAUCGUGAAAUGCUUCCACCAUGCUUUUUCAACUUUGCCCCCGUGGUUUGUGAAAUUAGGGAAUUAGUCAUUUAAAGGCUGCUGGGCGUUCUGUGUUCAGUUACAGUUACAUUGUUUAACUGUUCAGAACCACACAUUUUAGACUUGUAGAAGAUCAAUUCAGCUAUUAUGCCAGUCAAAAUAGUCAGUAAUUGAAUGAACCAAACAACAUGUUUUAAGCUUUCAAUUGGCAUGUAGCAUGUCGCCCCGCACAUAUCGAGUACACAGCAGGCAACAUGUUGGAAAAGUGGUUUUUGAAAGUUCGUAAUGUCGUAACCUGCGGUUUUAUUUUAACAAUUGUAAAUGACGAUGUCAUGCUUACUUCUGCUUCAUUUUCGUUCAAGUUUAGCAACGAGAUAGCAUUUUUUGGUAUGUGUCAUUCAGCAAAACACUCGGCAUCAUUAUUUGCCUGGUUCGUAGGAAUUUUUAAUUUUUUUAAUUUUAAGUUCAUCAUGGUAUGCACACUUCAUCAAAGUAAGCUGCUCCACCGACACAGAUGGUGUCGCCACCUGUUGGAAACUCGAAGUCCAUGCAAACAAUGAUGCCAAGUGUUUUACUGAACAGUGCAGAUAAAAAGAAUACACUCAAAUUUCGAAAAUAUCACUGAGAACAAAGUGCCAAGUACAAAAUCUUCUUUUGAGAAUUGUUAAAAUAAAACCACAGGCAAGUGUAUAGUAUUUGCUUGCUUCUGGUUUGUAAGAUGGCCUUGUUUCUUUGUUGCACAAAAGACUUGGAACUUGGGGAUACACUUAUGAAACUAUUGGAAUGCUUGGAAGACCUUGCAUAAAGGUGCUACUAAAGCUCAAAUUUAUUUGAAAAGCUAGCUUCGUCUGUUCUUGCAAGAGGAGUAGAGGCAACUCUCUGUUCUGCAUUUUUUUGUUGGUGAUAUUCAGUAUUUAAACUAUCGCAUAAUUAGCGCAUUUCCUCCAGUCAUAUCGAGAUUGCAGUUAACAUCAUUUUGUUGGGUUUUUAUUGUCUGAAAUGUUAGUGUCACCACACUGAAAUGAAUAGGCAUGUCACACCAUCCCCUGAGCAUCACAUAAGCAACCCUUCAUGAUCAGCAGUCUGAAGGCAAGAGUUGCAAGUUGACCUCAAUACCCUAUCAACACAAAAGGGUUGGGUAAGUGAUGUGGUGGGAAGCCAGCCUUCUGGUGAAUACCCGUUUAGUUCUUCCUCUCCUUAUAUUCACAUAAAUGGCCAAUGUGUGUGUAGCACACAUUGACAGCUGAUGAAUUCACGCCGGGCCCGUUAUUGCCCAUUUAGAAUGCACAUUGUUGUAGGCCAAGGCGUGCGGAGGUUGGCGAUCUUUGUAUAUAUAUAGCGCAGUUCGUAACAUUUUCUUGUGCGGGCAUUUUUUUUUUUUUUUUAAUCUAGGCGAACAACUUGAGCAGGCUGUUUCUUGCAUGUUAGUUAUAUUCUGUCGUAUUUUAUUCGCAUCGUAUUUUUUCUUUGCGUUUUAGAACUUGAGGUGCUGUUAUGCCUUGUCUUCUCUAUGUGCCUUUCACGUAAACCUGUAUAGAUUUACUUGUGGCAGCUUCUGAUGUCACACCAGUUUACGCUGCCCUAGUGACAAUGAUUUUUUUUUUCACUCUGGUUCAAAGCAGUAGCACCACCAGAUUGAAAAGACAAAAGAACAAAUACGUUGCUUAAUUCGUCAUGUGAUGUGUCAUCAUUGACAAUGCACGCUGUCAUCUGUGAUGGUGUUAAGCCUAAUGUAUAGCUAUGGUUGUGCAAACAGUUGUAUACAGCUUACAUGCUUCGCCUCAUUACGUGGCAGUGAGCCACCAUUUAAGAUUACACUGCUUCCAAUACAGGCGGCAUAUUUUAGAAAGUGCAUUCACUCAUUUCGAAACUCCUCAGCUCGCAGCAGAAGAUUUUUAGGGCCCUUGAACACGCGCUUGCGGGAACAAAUAUGCUCACCAUGGUGCAAGGGUACAGCUACAGAACACAAAAGAAACAUGGCCAGGCAUGAAUAGAAAUGCCCAGGAUAAAUAUGGCAGCCUCGAAAGGUUCUACCAGUUGCCUGUUCGUUCUUGCAUAACGCCAACCCUCCAGCAUCAGUGCGCGAGUGGUGCUGUGCCAAACGCAGUGCCCCUGCAUCUGUACCAUCUGGUAAACUCGCCCUCUUGAUGCUGUUACCAUUGCGCCACCUGUGAACGCACCACUGAACUAAACAGGCAGUGGAUUAGAACAUUUCUGCAUAUUGUUACGGUCCUUGCCAGAAGCCGUCUGCACAAGUGCGGUGUGAAUAGCAUCAUGUGGCAGCUAGGGACAGUAAUAGCACAUGCGAAGCAGUAAGGCUGUGCUGAUUUUUAACUGCAAGAGGUGUGUGCGCAGUGGCAUUUUCAGUCUUCAGAGUUUGCAACUCCGGUGUGUUCAAAGGACUGUGAGCUUCAGUGACGCUGUGGUGGGACGUUCCUUGAAGAUGUGACUCGAAUUUAGGUGGACGUUGGAUCAGCUCGAAGGAAAUGCAUACAUUUCAGCAACGGUGCAAAAGUGUCACUGACCUGUCACGAAGCCUGUCGAGUGGCAUGUUCUUCUUUCUUUUUUUUUUCCCCUCAUUGCAACCAUGCUGUCAGUGUUGUGGUCGCACGCGGCUGUCAUUAAAACGGAUCUGCGCUUCGUUAACCUCGUUGACUUCGCGCCGCCGCUGACAGACAGUGUUGCCUGGCACUGCGUAAACAACGGAGGUUUCCACUGCUUCGCCCUUGCUUGCAGUUUACGCCGACGAGUGCACUUUGCUCUCAAUGCUGGCGAACCGAACCAGAUUGAAGGACCCGCCACAAACGUACGACAGCUUAUGCCUGCUACAAGCGACGCUCUUACACAACAAUGUUCUGUGAAAAUAAUUAUGUAGGACUUUGUACAUAUACGUAAGCCCCGCAGCGUUGCGCUGUCAUUCGUGUAGCUUUCACGAGCCUUGAUCAAAGGUCCGUCGUCCACCCGCUUUGAGAUGUGCGCUUCGCACUAUGCCCAUAGGUUGUAUAAAAGUAUCCGGAGUGGCCAGCACUCCUUAGCAAAGCCGAUGCAUGCUUGCCCUUGGAGCAAGGUUGUAAUUGGUGCCACGCUUUCUGGCGUUAGUCUCCAGAUUUCGGUCUGUGGGUGUGUCCUUCCACUAGGAACCUUCGUCGUCAAUGCAUGCACAAUGGCCUCUCGCUUCGCCGAUAGGGACUCGAGCUAGCAAACACAUCUUAGUAUAAUAAUAAAGAACCUGCCCAUUUUGCACAAAGAGUGUAUGUGUGUGUAUGUGUAUGCUUGGAUGGCUUAAUUGUGUGAAGAAUAAAAAAAGGAGUUUGUUAGGCCACGGUUUUUCCCGAACCGUGGCAGCACAGUUUCUGCCUAAGCAGCUGAGAUUUUGCGGCUGGCAGCUUAUAUUAUAGUAAUGUGCAAAAAAUGAGCAGCUGCGUGUUUACACGGCUUGUCGUGUGAAAGCUUUACGAACUGCUCUUGUUUUUCAUUUUCUGAGAAAUAUAUUUUGCUGGAACAGUUAUAUAUAGGCUCUCGUUUUAGAGCUCUCGCGGCUGAUGUUUCGAUGCUUUCUUACCAUUCUCUGUUGUAAACUUUUUUUUUUUGCAGUGCACAGAUCUGUAACAGAGCUGUGCUUGCCUGUAACAUUGCUGCGACUCGGCUUUCGGUUGUUCAGAUAGUGUCGGCGGCAGCAGCAGAAACGUUCUGUAUAAUUAAGGCCAAGGGGCUUAUAGAGCUAUUGACUUUUCCUGUAAACACCGUUAUUCACGUUUGAAUAAAAACGAGACUCGAAAAAUAACGAAA